GACCUAGCAAGCUGACAAAUGUUGCUGCUUUUACUGGUAACAGGUUGCCCAAAGCUUCUUGCUGCCUUCCUCUGACUUCAAGGUUAUCUGCCUGCAAAAAUAAAGAAAACCUGGGCGGCUGCUUAUCUGCUCAUCCCUUGAGGCCCUCCGUUCCAGCUUGAGGAUUCCCUGAUCUGCACAGCAUCUUUUGGGUUAAUCAAAAGCAUGCAAGAUAAUAAUUUAGAAGCCACUACGUCAAUAUCCCAGCUCCUCAGAGAGAGCUAUUUGGAGGAAUCCAGGAUCCACCAGAGACACAGUGAGGUGAGCCGAUCGGAAGCCACUUCACAUGAGCCAUACUAUGGACCUAUUACAGGAAAAUCAGAGGAGCAAGUUGGGCAGGAAGAAUUCCAAGACCUGUCAGCCUUUUUAAGCCAAGAAGAGCUGCACAAAAGUGUAAAUCUCGCCAGGCAAGCCAUUACCCACAGCCCAACAGAAGAAAAAAAAGAGGGGCAGGCACUUGGAAACUAUCCAACUACUGAAGUAAGUAACCCAUACAAAGUGCCUCCAAACAAACAGUUCCCGACCUCUACAGCUUUGAACACUGAAAAACAAACCUUCCCAAGCUUCCAGCAGGACAAUGUUAUCAAAAGCACCAGGAAAUCUUCUCAGGAUCCUAGAAAACAAGUAAUAAAUAGUCCCUAUGGAACAGAGUGCCAUAAUAAGAAAGAAUUUCUAAAUAAGGCUGCUGACUUUAUAGAGGAGUUGUCAUCCCUCUUUAAGGCUAAUAGUUCAAAGAGAAUUAGACCAAAGGCAUGCAAAGGCCACAGAAGCAGAUACCAAGUGAAGAGUCAACUGGAAAGCUCUGUUUAUCCAUACACAACAGAUGACCGGGAAAGACCUGUUGUCCCCAUUGAUAACCAACUGGAUAGUGAACAGGAAACUUACUCAGGGGAACCAGAAAGAUUUCAGCAGGAAGACAACCAAGAAGAAGAACAAGAAGAACAACAGCAAGAAGAAUCGACAGAAACAGGAGCCAAGGAGAGUUCCUCACCGGAACUCACAUCCGGAUCCUUUCCCACUGAAGAGCCAAUAGGGGACCCUCCGCGAUUCACUCAGAAGCUAAAGAGUAGAGAAGUUCCGGAAGGGAGCAAGGUUCAGCUGGAUUGUAUUGUGACUGGGAUUCCUACCCCUGAAGUCAGGUGGUUCUGUGAAGGCAAGGAGCUUGAGAACAGCCCAGAUAUUCAGAUCCUCAAUACCGGGGAGCUGCACUCUCUGAUCAUAGCUGAGGCCUUUGAGGAGGACACCGGACGCUACUCCUGCUUCGCCUCCAACUUCUACGGGACAGACUCCACCUCUGCAGAGAUCUACAUAGAAGGUGCUUCAUCAUCUGAAUCUGAGGGUGAACCAAACUUUGAAAACAUUGCAGAGAUCCCGGAGAACACCUCGGUGUCUUUGACAGUUUCUUCCCCACCACCCAGUGCUGAAGUCAUCCAUCAAGACGUCAGCCCAGUCUGUAGUACCCCGGUUCAACCUUUAAGUCAACUGCCAACACAACAGAGUCAAAGCCCACCAAACAGUUAUCUUCAGGGGUUGGAUGGGAGACCAAUCAUGGCUGCUCCAGUUUUUACAAAGACUCUCCAGGAUUUGACAGCAUUUGAAGGACAACUGGUUGUGCUUGAAUGCAGAGUAAAAGGAGCUCCCUCUCCCAAAUUAGACUGGUACAGAGAAGGAUCCUUAAUAGAAGACUCUCCUGAUUUUAGGAUUUUACAAAAGAAACCAAGGUCUAUGGCUGAACCAGAAGAAAUUUGCACCUUGGUUAUUGCUGAAGCCUUUCCUGAAGACUCUGGAACAUUCACGUGUACAGCAAGUAACAAAUACGCCACAGUGUCCAGCAUUGCCUAUUUAAAAGUGAUAGGCAAACAAAACCGAAAUAACAAUCACUUGAAUGCCAUCGGCAAUAUAGCUCUGGAACCCCCUGAACCCAAAGCCCAGGCCCCUCUCCCUGAAGUAACUCCUCCAGAACCCUGCUUGAAACCCAAACUGGAGGGAGUCCUGGUCAACCACAAAGAGCCCCGCCCCAGUUCCAAGCUGGGGUUGCGUGUGCACUUUAAGCUGCCCGAUAAUAGAGAAAGGGAGACAUCAGCCGAGGAAAAUGACGACGUGCUUCGUCAUAGUUUGGGCAACGAGAACAGCAGUUAUGUUGCCUCUAAUGCUGCUGGCACUAUAACAGUGGAGUCCUCUCAUCUCAAAGCUCCUGCUUAUCUUCCUGAAGCACCUCCACCAGACCCUCCAGGCUGCCUAAAACCCAAACUGGAGGGGGUCUUGGUUAACCACAACGAACCCCGCUCCAGCUCCAAAGCGGGGUUGCGUGUGCACUUCAAGUUGCCAGAAGACGACAAGGAAAGUGAGGCUUCACCUGUGGAAGGUGUUCUCUUUGCCAAGCAGCAGCAGGCAGGUUCUCCAUUUGACUUGGUCAAUGGGCAGUCAGCAGGGGCAGCAGUGCCAACGUCAUCAGUCAAAGAGCCGCCACCAGUGCUGGCAAAGCCAAAACUAAAAAAUGGGAUCCUACUUUGCACUGGUGCCAAUCAAACGAAAAUGGGGCACUGUGAUUGGGGACGGAGUGAAACUCCUACCAAAGCUAAUGGAAGUGACCCCGUCCAGCUCCAGGUUCUUCACAACCAGGUUCUUCUUGAGCAACAGCAAGAGGGGGUCCCCACUCACCAGCCUGAGCCUACAUCCCAGUUCACUCUGACCACAACUGAGCCUCCAUACAUCAUGAGCAUCCUUAACUCAGGCCAUCCCCCCUUCCAGCAGACUCCAGCAUCACCCCCCAACAAUAACAACCUCCCUCAGACCUUCAACUAUGCCAGGCCCAAGCAGUUCAUCGCUACCCAGAACCUCUCACCCACCGAAUCCCCUGUGCCCAUGCUAAAUGCAAUGGCCCAGGCAUCCCAGAGAUCACUGAGUGAAGACAAUUAUGCAGGAUCCCCGAUAACACCAACAUACCCUGGGCAGCCUUUUCAAACCAGGGUCUUGCAGUCCCCUACAAGCCCCGCUAGAUUUGUUAGCUCUCCCCCUCCCUCUACCUCCCUCUUCUCUGCUUUUUCUAUCCGGCCCCAGUCUCCAGCUGCUUCCCCCACUUCCAGCAGCUCAACACCCAGCAAUAUCCAGAACCCAGUGGCUUUCCUCAGCUCUGUGCUUCCAUCACUUCCAGCGUCUCAACCAACCAACGCUAUGGGGCUGCCCAAGAGUGCCCCCUCUGUGAAUCCCCAAGGAAUAUUGAAAAGGAAUCCGAGGUCUCCUCGCUCAGUAUCAGAUGAUGAGAUUCGGGACACUAAAGACACCGUCCUACAUGACUUGGAGAUGAAGCUGCGUUUUAAAGAAGACAACUGGCACAAUGGACAGAGAUUGACAUAUGAAGACAAAAUGGCUCGCAGACUUCUUGGUCCACAAAGCCAUGAUGCCCCAGUCUUUAAUUUUGAUGUUGUGGAGGAGUGUUCACGGUCCCAGGAGUACAAGGUGUCCAGCUUUGAACAAAGACUCAUGAGUGAGAUUGAGUUCCGCCUGGAACGCACCCCGGUGGAAGAAUCUGAUGACGAGAUUGAGCAUGACGCAAUCCCCACGGGCAAGUGCAUAGCGCCCAUCUUUGAGAAGAAGCUGAAACACUUCCGUGCAGUGGAGGGGGCUCCGGUUUCAUUCGCCUGUAAAGUGGUGGGCAUACCUGUACCAAAGGUUUACUGGUUUAAGGACGGCAAACAGAUAUCGAAGAAAAACACCCACUACAAGAUGACAAGGGAAGGGGAUGGAACCUGUUUUCUGCACAUUGCGGCUACAACUAAUGAUGAUGAUGGCAACUACACUAUCAUGACAGCAAACCCACAGGGGAGAGUUAGCUGUACUGGUCACUUGAUUGUUCAGACUGGUCCGAUGCGUAGUCGGUUAAUGCCGACUAUUCACUCUCAGAGGUCACGCUCCCGUGUGCAGGAAGUGGAUGAAGGAGAGCCUAAACAGGAGCGCUUUUUUCGCCCGCACUUCCUCCAGGCUCCAGGAGACUUGGUGGCUCAUGAAGGACGGCUCUGCAGACUGGACUGCAAGGUGAGCGGGUUACCAACUCCAGAUCUCUUGUGGCUUGUGAACGGAGAGUCAGUUCUUCCAGAUAACACUCAUAAAAUGCUGGUGAGGGAAAAUGGGGUUCACUCUCUUCUCAUCGACCCACUCAUGCAAAGUGACGCUGGGACUUACACAUGCAUCGCGACCAACAAAGCAGGGCAGAACUCCUUUUGCCUGGAAUUAACCGUAGUAGCCAAGGAGGUCAAAAAAGCUCCGGUGUUUCUCGAGAAGCUUCAGAACACAGGGAUACCCGAAGGAACGUCAGUGAGGUUAGAGUGCAGGGUUGUGGGGAUGCCUCCUCCCAAGAUCUUCUGGAAGAAAGACAAUGACACUAUUUCUAGUGUCAAGGAAAGAAUGAGCAUGCAACAGGAUGCAACAGGAUAUGUUUGUCUGCUGAUUCAACCAGCAAGGAAAGAGGAUGCUGGUUGGUACACUGUAUCAGCUAAAAAUGAAGCAGGGAUAGUAUCAUGCACAGCCAGGCUAGACAUAUAUGCCCAGUGGCACCAACAGAUCCCGCAGCCAAUGAAGAAAGUGCGGUCGCCGAGUAGUCGCUACGCUGCCCUCACCGGUCAAGGACUGGACAUCUUGUCGGCCUUCCCUUCAGUGGACAGCUGCUCUUUGCUGUUCUCACCUUCCCAGGAGGCAACAGUGGAAAGUGAGGAACUGUGAAAAGGCCUUUCAGAUUUAUUCAUGUAGGAUAGUCAUUGUGGAACUGUAAAACACAGCAAAGAGAUACAUGGUUUACAAACAGCCUGUUAGUAGUAGUAGUAUGCUGAUAUCUGCUGUGUCUGUUGCAGGAAAUAUAUAGUUAAAAUUCUGAGCACAGUUUUCUAGCCUUAUGUAAUACAAUCAGCACAAACAGUGUAGUGGCUUCAUUUAUAAUGCACAGACUUGGCAAUUUUCUUCUUAAAAGUAAGUUCUGUUGUAAGACAGAAGAUUGAUGUCAUAAAAUAUUAGUGUCCUCUUGAACCAUACAGCUUUUGGUUGACAUAUGUCACAAUCUUCAAUUGUGCAUUUUAGUUAUUUUGGUAAUGCAUUAUAAUGACCUGGUUAUAAUGACACUGUUUGAAAUUAAUUUGCCUCACAAAAAUGGUCUACAGAGUGCAGUUCCUAUCAACAAUACACAAGAGCCACAGUUUUUUUGUUUUUUCAAACAAAAUUUAUAUAGCCAUGUAUGUAGGUAUCUUAUUUUAUGGAAAGACAUCUUGCAGUAUACUUGUUGUGUUGUGUAUGAUGUAGCUGAUUUGUCUGUCAAACACAUUUUGUUAUAUAUUAUCAAUAAAGGAUUUUUGAUAGUCUGGUUAAUAUUGGGGUAUUACCUGUGUUUGUAGGUAUGUUUGAAUGUGAUUGGAAGAUACAUUGGGAUGACUUUUUAAAUAGGUUGGUUUUAGUGAUUGGGGUCAGUCAUUUUUCAUUUUGUUUAUCAAUGACUUUGUAAGUUCAAGUGGUGGCGCUGAUGUUUUUGGAAGUGAUGAGAACCAUGGAGUGCAUAAUAAGCUGUUAAAUGUGGCCCAGGGGGUAUUCUUAAAUGUGUUUAAAUGCUCACUUAUAUGCAUAGUAACUGAAUAAUCAUUAUUUUUGCUACAAUAAGGUUUUAAAAAAAUGAGAAGGCUUGAUGUAAAUACAUUUUAUUUUAGUUUUUUAAAAUAUAUUUAGAGAUACUUUUCCUGAAAACUUGAUUCUACCUAAAAAACAAAAGCGGCUUAUUGAUUUUUGAAUGUUCCCAUAUUUGACCCGCUGUCAUUUUGACCUCUAAAACUUUGAUUGGGUAAUAACUUUUAAGAUUGUGAUAUGAAUAGAAUACAUACUUAUGUUCACACAGCAAAUUGGCCUCUAUCUAUGUACUCGCAUAUUGUACCAUUUUUGAGGUCUUUGUUAUCUUUUGAAGCAGAGGGGAAUAAUAUUGCUUUGAUUCCCAAUGUUGGUCAUUUUAAAACUGUAGAAAUUAUUGAACAAUAGAAAUUAUUAAACAUAUGCCUUAGAAUAAUAUAAUAUAAUAUAAUAAUACAAUAUUAAAAGCCCUGGGAGAUUAAAACCGGUCUAGACAACCGAUGUAUACAGUUUUAAUCAUGGUUACUAUAUUAAGGUACUCUCUAAUUAUUAUCUUAAUGAACUACAUUUUGCUUAAAAUAUAAAAUGAUCAAGAUGUUUGUUACAACAUUGACCAUCUUUUGGAAGUGCUUUUUGGAGUUUACAGUGCCUAGUUGCUUACAUAUACAUGUGCUUUGGUAUACAAUAGGACGAAUGUUUGGCUUUGAAGCAAAAGUUUGUUAUGUAAAAUUGCACCAGUCGUAAGAAAAUGAUGGACUGUUUUU